ACUGAAAAUCACGGCCGCGGAGAGCGGUCGGGUCUACAGUUCUACACGCGUCUCUUCCAUCUAGUUCUCGCUGAACAGUGACCAGUGCUUUCUGAACCCUAAUUGGAGAGCGCCGCUCCGAGUUCCUUCUGCACUCCGCUUCCGUCUGCCAAUUGAUUAUCUGUAAUGGCUAUAUUGUACACACUGUGAUCGAAUUAUCGUAGGCCUCGUUGCGCGAUCGUUGCGGGAUUCGGUACGUAAACACGCGAGGGAGGGAAAAAGCAGCGAUACCAUGGUGCAGCAAUACCAGUCGCCCGUGCGAGUCUACAAGCAUCCUUUCGCUCUUGUCAUGAUGGCGUACGAGCGCAGGUUUCCGACGUGUCCACAGAUACCAGUUUUUAUCGGCUGUGAAGUUAUGCUGGACGAAGAGAGCGAGGACGGCGCUGUUAGAACCACCGAGAGGCGGUGUAAAUUAAAUGUCGAGGCGCCUUAUAUCUUGAAGAAGAUAAUUGGUGUGGAUUUUGUAUACUUUAUUCAAAGGAACGUUUUAAAUAGGCGCAAUAGUGUUUUAGAAAUAGAAGCGUACAACGAAAGCUUUGCCACUAGAGUCACUGUUAUAGAAAAAUGUAAAUAUUUCAUUCAUCCUGAAAAUCCAGAAUGGACUUGUUUCGAGCAAACGGCGAGUUUGGAUAUUAAAAACUUUUUUGGUUUCGAAAACUCAAUGGAAAAGUUGUCGAUGAAGCAGUAUGCACAAAAUAUUGCUAAGGGUAAGGAAAUUAUCGAGUAUUUCAUAAACCAACUGAAGGAAGAAGGCAUUACUUAUGUCGCCCCAUGGAAAGAUCCACGGGAAGCGUCCUCCGAAGAAGAGAAGAAAAAUGUGGACGAAAAUAGUGAGUUAUAUAGUGACAAAGAAUUAUGUAAUACCGACAGCAAACUGCCCAGCAACAGAGAGAUGCAACUGUCGUCGGAUUAUAUAGAGAGAUACUUAGGAAAACUAGAUAUGAUACAGGAGAGCAAGUUAGUGCAGCUCAGACAUAGCAUUGCAGAACUGAGGGGUAGUUCCGCACCAGGUUAUGCAACGCUCCUACGGUUCCUGAGGGCCACAGAAUUCUCGGUUGAGAAGGCCAGAGAAAUGUUGACGCAAUCCUUACAUUGGAGGAAGAAGCAUCAGAUCGAUAAACUUCUCGAUGAAUAUGAAAUGCCGCAAGUAAUUAAAGAUUACUUUCCUGGCGGCUGGCAUCACUUCGAUAAAGACGGACGACCUUUAUAUAUAUUGAGGUUGGGUCAGAUGGAUGUUAAAGGUCUACUUAAAUCGAUUGGGGAAGAUGAAUUGUUAUUACUAGCUUUACAUAUCUGCGAGGAAGGUCUGCACUUGAUGGAAGAAGCUACUACUUUUUGGGAUCAUCCAGUAUCCCAAUGGACGCUAUUGAUAGAUUUAGAAGGUUUAAAUAUGCGACAUCUAUGGAGGCCUGGAAUAAAGGCAUUAUUGCGAAUAAUAGAAAUAGUUGAAGCAAAUUAUCCAGAGACAAUGGGAAGGGUUCUAAUCAUGCGUGCCCCCAGAUGUUUCCCUAUCUUAUGGACACUCAUCAGCACUUUUAUUAAUGAAAAUACUAGGAAAAAGUUCAUUUUUUAUUGUGGUACAGACUACCAAGAACAGGGACCUGGAGGUCUUAGCGAAUACAUUACUCAAGAAUUUAUUCCUGAUUUUCUUGGUGGCUCCUCAGAGACAUACGUGAUGGAAGGUGGAGUUGUGCCUAAGAACUUAUACAAAGUGGAUUUGGAGGGUACCUCUGGUGAACACGAGCACAGCCUGUAUCACUCUAUCAGUUUGAGCCGUGGUCAAACUCAUCACGUGUUCAUAGAAUCGGAUGAUCCGGGUGCUGUUUUGACGUGGGACUUCGACGUAAUGCGGCAUAACGUCAUAUUUACAGUGCUUCACAAAUCUCGAAACAGUGAAAACGGUGCUAUCUCAGAACUUCCAGAGCUCGCAAUAGGUGGUGAUCAUGAAAUUGUUGCUGCGAAAGAGUUAAAAGAUUACAUUAAAGUCGAACACAGCAUAAUUUGUCACGACGGUGAAAGCAUUCAAGGGACUCAUAUCAUGCAGGAUACGGGUACUUAUGCAUUACAAUGGCAAAAUCAAGAAGAUCAAGCCGAAUUUCUUCCAUCUAUUAGUUCUCAUAAGGCUCAACUUAUGUAUUUUUAUGAAACCUUGCCAUCUGCACAUUACAGAGGUUCAAUGAUGAGUUUGCAGUCGGCUAUAAGCGGAAGGUCAGAGGCUAGCUCAUCUUUAUCUAGAUGAAAGACGAUGAAAAUGGACGUUGAAUAGCAGGAGACAUAAAACUUAAUUCAUAAUAUUUUAGCAAUAUGUGUUAUAAACCUCGUUUAUAUUUAACGGGACUAAAAUUUAAGGACUAAAAUAUGAAUCAUAUUUUAGUCUAAUAUUUUAAUUUUGUAGACGCGGUAGAGUUUCAUUGUACACGUCAAUCCAAAUACUGCUCCAAAAAUCUCAAGCCUAAAAUACUCAUCUCGAUAAUUAUACAUACAUAGCUGUUAAACAAUAAUACAGUAUAUAAUAAUGUUGUCUAAUAUUUAAACUUUAUUUUUUCAUAUAAAAAUAAAUUAGAUGAAAUUUAAUACUCAGAAUAAACUCGUGUACAAUAUCGAUGUGGAGUUUGUCCGACACUCCUGUCACCCCUUAAAGCCUUAGAACAUGUACAUAUAAACUAAUGAAGAUUAAUUCUAAAUGGAUACUUGAAACACAUAAACUAUUAUAAAUAAUUAUAGUCAAUUACAAUGCAUAAUCUAAAACGACACUAAGAAUGCUCAUACUGUCGAUAGCGAAUGUUGUAUAGAAAUAUAGCAGAGAAAGAUUUCGUAUAAGAAAUUACCUUUAAUCACCAAGACACAAUUUGUGAGAACGCAAACUCUUAUCAAUUAAUUAUAUCAAUUAAUAGAAACAUCUUUCUGUCUUAAUAAAUUUUGUCUUGUUGAUUAUUGAUUGUAAUUGUAAUAGUUUAAGUGAGGAAACAACAUAUUUUUCAAAUGCAGAUUUUUAGAAUGAGCAGUGUUUUCCCUAGAAUAAUAUAGCGAAAUAAAAUUGUAUGGCUGGCCAAUACUUGUUAAAUAGUUAGUUAAAGAUAUUACAUUUACCACUCAUCACUAGGAUACAAUUAGGUAUUUUAAAAUAUAGUUGUGUAACUAGUAUACGCAAAAUGUGUUUGGCAGAUUAUGUGAAGUAAGAUGCAUAUGAAUAUUAAUGCACUUUAUCAUUGAUUGAAUAAUAAACGGAGAUAUUUGUGUAGAAUUUAUUAUAAUACUAUCCAUAGUAUUCAACUUGCAUCUUCUUUGCGGCUAGAAAUUAUAUAGCAUUAAAAAAAAUUACGAUAUUAUUUCGAAGUAAUGCGGGGUCUACAAUGUGCGAGUCUCAGAGUCGUAGUCGUAAGAAUAGAAUAUCGAUUAUGACUAGUCAAUUCUCAUGUGUCUGACGAAAUUGACAAUUAUAUUUGCCACUUUCCUUGUUAAACGUGUCGUGAUUGGUUCUCACUAUUUUACUCCGAUCGGAAUCAACUUUUCGCUUGCUAUCAAGGUGUUGGAAACUUUCCAAUCAAAUCAGAAACAAUCCGAACGUCCAUGAUAAGACAAUAUAGGGAAAACGAAAUAAUUCCGAUCGGAAUCCAGUACGACCAUGUCCAUGAUAGGUGCCCAGACUAGGAUAAAUAAAUGAACAUUCAGAAUAGUGUGUUGUAACAAUUUCUUUUUGGUUUUUUUAUAACACUUUUAUAAGUUCACUUUUAUAAUCAUACUCGGGAUCUAAGAAGAGUAUAUAUUCUUCGCAACCGUACAUUUAUGGAUCCAUUGCGGAGUAAUGUAUGUAUGAAAUAUUUCGACAUUACUAGACUAGGAUAUACAUAUGCAUAUGUAGUAUAUAUUCCCAGAGCUAUGUAUCCUUACACAUGUCAUGCAGAAACUCAAAUACUUUUCAAUUCAUCUUAAGAAGAGAUAAAAUUUAAAAGUAUUUCGUAUUAAAAGUUAUUAAAUAUGUAAAAAAUUUGCUCUUUGCAUAAAAACAAAGAGACAAAGUACAAAAAUGGUACAAAAAUCGUAUUUACGUAUGUUAUGUCUUUAUGUAGUAUGUUUAUUUGUUUAAAAAAAAUUAAAAAUGCAAUACAAGGGCUACAUAAAAAAAUAUAUUUAUUUAUUUAUAGUUUAAAAAUCUUUUAUGUUUGAAAUUUUUCUCGAUAUACAUCAUAUCCAAUACGAUCCUGAAUAAAUGAAAUACUUGGAAAUAUAAACAAUGUAGACAUAAUUAUAUAUUAUUAUAAUAAAUUAUACCUUUCUGUCAUUUUCAAUUAAAAUGAACUCAUACAAAUAUAUUAUUUCCAUCUCUUUUCAUAAGAUGUUGUAUUCAUAAUAUUUCAAUAAACACUAUGUUGAAUAUAA